CGUGCGAGAGGCUGCAAAUGCUAUGGGAGGUCUCUGUUCCAGAAGGUGCCUAUAGGCGCAUCAUCCUCACCCUGUAGGUGCUGGGAGACGGCUGGAUCCAGCUCAUUAGGCGCCUGAGCCCGAACCAGUGUAUUUGAGAGCAAGAGACACAUGGGUGGGAUAUAACCUCUGUGUAUUGGAGACUGUAUGUUGCAAAGGGACAGAGAUGCUGAAAAGAACUACUCUCUUCUACAAGUGAUCGAGGUGAUCCUGGUGAGCUAUGCCUGCUGAGGCCGAAAACCCUGAAAAGCAGCCACCAGACCCACUGCCAGACCCCCGCUGGAAACUGCUUGUGUUCUACCUCUGCUUCUAUGGCUUCAUGAACCAGAUCAGACCUGGAGAGAGCUUCAUCACUCCCUACCUGUUGGGAUCGGAGAAGAACUUCACGAAGGAAGAGGUAACCAAUGAAAUUACCCCUGUGCUCUCCUACUCAUACAUGGCUGUCUUGGUGCCCAUCUUUCUGUUGACGGAUUACCUGCGGUACAAGCCAGUGUUGGUGCUGCAGAGCCUAAGCCACAUAGCCAUCUGGCUGCUCCUGAUCUUCGGGACCAGCAUCCUCGCCAUGCAGUUCAUGGAAUUCUUCUACGGCAUCACUAUGGCUGCACGGGUAGCCUACUCCUCCUACAUCUUCUCCCUAGUCACCCCUUCACGUUAUCAGCGCAUGGCCAGUUAUUCUCGUUCUUCUGUGCUCAUGGGAGUCUUCACCAGCUCUGUGCUGGGGCAGCUCUGUGUCACAGUUGGGGGUACCACCUUCAUGACCCUGAACUACAUCUCACUGGGGUUCAUGUCCUUUGGGCUGCUCCUGACUCUCUUCCUGGAACGCCCCAAACGCAGCCUUUUCUUCAACAGGAACGAACCUGUGUGCAAUGGUACCUCGCCCUCCGAGCUAGACAAAAUGAACCCUGUGGCUGGGGAGCCAGUAUGGCACAAGGCCACUGCCUGGCAGAACCUGGUCUUUUUCCGGAUGUUAAAGGAGUUGGCGACAUUCAUACGAUUGCCACAAUUGAGACUUUGGUCCCUCUGGUGGAUAUUCAAUUCUGCUGGCUACUACCUGAUGCUGUACUACGUGCAGAUUUUGUGGAAUGAGAUUUAUCCCACAAGAGAUAACAAAAAAAUCUACAACGGAGGUGUGGAAGCCGCUUCGACGCUCCUUGGUGCCAUCACCUCCUUCGCUGCAGGCUAUGUGAAAAUCCGUUGGACGCUCUGGUCAGAGCUUGUGAUUGGUGUAGUGACAGCAUUCCAGGCAGGCCUCCUUUUGCUGAUGAACACUACGGCCAAUAUUUGGGUGUGCUACGUGGCCUACAUCCUUUUCAGAGGCUCCUACCAGUUCCUUGUGCCUAUAGCCAUUUUUCAGAUUGCAGCUUCCCUCUCCAAAGAACUCUGUGCUCUGGUAUUUGGAAUCAACACUUUCUUUGCCACAGUUCUCAAGACUGUCAUCACCAUCAUCAUAACAGAUAAGAGAGGCCUGGGUCUCUCAGUCCACCCUCAGUUCUAUGUUUACUUUGGCUAUUUCACGCUCCUGACUGUGGUGUAUCUUUCAGCAUCUGUGUGUGUGGCUGUGAGGCAUAAUGUGUGCAGGAAACCUCAAGAGGCAGCAUCACCCAAGGAGCUCAGCAGCCCAAUUGAGGAAGCCCAAGACAAGGACAGAAGCACAGAGCUGGCUAACUCAGAAGCCUGAGGAACACAGUGGAUUGGGAGGGUGGGGUGAGAAGAGGAGCUGGCCUACCUGCUUAUUCCCAGCUGGGAUGUAACUAAUGGAACUCACACAUCAAUCAGCACUUAAGAAGGUCAGUGCUUCUUAGCUAUCCAGAAUAUUGGAUCACUGCAGAAGCUAAAAAGGUUAGAGUGCUGGACUACAACCUAGGAGACCAGGGUUCGAAUCCCCACGCAGCCAUGAAGCUCACUGGGUGACCUUGGGCCAGUCAUUGCUUCCCAGCCCCAGGGGAAGGCAAUGGUAAACCACCUCUGAAUACUGCUUACCGCGAAAACCCUGUUCAUAGGGUCACCAUAAGUCGGGAUCGACUGAAGGCAGUCCAUUUCAUUUUGCCUUUAAGAGAGGGCUUGUGUACAAGCAAUAUGUAACCAGCAGACUGAUUUUCCCCAGUCUCGAUCUCGUGUGUGCAGUCUCCUGAGCCAAGCUGAGAUUAUGGAGACAUUUGCCAUUGUUAUGGUUGAGCACCUGGCUAUUAUAGGAAUGUAGUUUUAAACACUAACAAAACUCUUCAUCCCCUUCCCUCAGCCUUUAAAUGAGCCAACAAAGAGCAAGAUGGAUACAGGUACUUUUUACAAAACUAUUAAUCUGUUAUCAGUACAUAUAUGCUCUGCUGCAACUUGUCAGUUACAAUAUAUGUUGAAGCUUUCCCCUUUUCUAAGAAAUUGAGCUCCAUCUCAUAUUUGGUUUUUUAAAGGUUUCUAUCUAUCCUGUCGUGCUUAGAAAGGGUUGAGAAUGAGGCUGGUCUAAAAUAUGCUGUCAAAUCCAUGAGGGGUCUGAAACUAGGAAACACAGGAACAAAGUGUUUUUAACAAUCAUUUUAGAACUAGUGCAAGAAUGUAAUCUUUGGAAGUAAACACUUGCAUUUUACUCUGACUUGUAAAUUCUUGUUCUUUCAACCCCCCCCCCCCAAAAAAAAGGAUUAACGUUCAAGGUACUUUCACAGGAUAAUUCAUAUGGGACCCAGUAGCAUGAUCAGUGGCUCAGACAGUGACCAUUUGACAGAAAGGUGAGAGAUAUCAGGCAUUUAGUAGAGAGUAUGUCCAAUCCAUAGGUCUAGUGACUUUCCAGACUAACUAGGACUUUGUGUGGUUUUCCCUUCGACACAGAGGAAGUAUGUAUUUGUGCAUCAGUAGGCAUACUUGGAAUUUUGAGAAAGCGCCAUGGGGUGCCAGUCACAAAAUGGCUGCAAUUAUUUAAAAGAGCAGAAAAAGAAGCCAGGGCUACAAAAGGGUGCAGGCUUCCCCUCACCACCACGGCAAGCUCUUUGCACCUCUCUUCAGAACAGAAGGGAGGGUGGGUGUUUAGUCCUGGCAUCCAGUGAAAUGUAGGCCCGUUGGGGGAUGGGUGUUCCACGUAGGAAAGGCCAAGGUAGUGCAAACAGGAAUUGAACAGGCAGAGCAAAACAGUCUUUGUGUAUUGUGAAUUUUUGAGGUGAUAUAUACUCAUGCAGGUGCCAUACUUGUGGGUGCUAUGCUGGGAACCCCGAUCUGCUUGGGUCAAACAGUCAAUGAUUAAAUUUUUUAAAGACAUGCCAAGUCUCAAGAAAGUUUAGGUGAAAGCCCUGUUCCCCCUCCUCUUGUUCCCUGCCUCCAACACACUCUUCUUCUGGAGCAGAGUCAGGAUUUCAAUUCAGGCUUGUAGAGAGCUCUCUACAUUUUAAUGCAAAUGAACAACACUGACUAAAAGAGGAUACUUUUCCUUUAUUCAGUGCCUUUAGAAAAGUUUAUAGAACACAACUGACAAAGAUGUAGAGAUCCACAGGCUUUUAAAAUUGCAUUAACAUUUCACAAAAUACAGUAGACAGUAAGAAAUUGGUUGUGUGAUUUGCACAGGCUCCCCCUCCCUCCCGCUCUGGUAAUAAAAUUUCAGUAAGACAAUAAUAAAAAAUAAAAGCUAGGUAGAAAUUUAGCACCUUGGUUUUCCACAACUGACUCAAACGCUCAGAGUGCUACACAACAAGCAUCUGCCUGGCCGUGACUUCUGGCACUGAAGUUGAAAGGCUGUUGUGGUUGAGGGGGGUGUAGCAGGAACCCCGUCACACAGGUCAGCCCGUGAACAAAGAAGGUCUCCAGGCUUUUCCUUCACUGUUCGUUUUGCAUUAACAUGGCAAAAUACUGCUUGUCUACUUAUGCUUCUGAAAAAUGAGCAAAGCGGUGACAGAUGCACACUAAUAGCGAUUAUUUUUGUGAAGUCCAAUCCUUCCCACACCUUGAAAUGUCAGCACAAGGCCAGCCGCCAUCCUGCUCUUUGGAAGAAAGGUUGAAUAUACAGCCAUUAGGAAUGGCUUUUUCUCGUGGUUCCUGCCACGGUGUAUUGGACGAGAAGGGAGGGGACAACCGGACAAGCAUGGGUCUCAUUGCCUAACUCUUAUUUUGGAGCAGCUGCUAAUAAAAAGAUUCCAGAUCUAAGAGAUUUAGGAGAACAUUCAUAGAUAAUCAUUAAGUCUUAUGACCUGCUAAAAAAGGCAGCUCCCUAUAGGUCCAUCUGACUACCAGCAGCUCUUCAGGGUCUCAGGUAGGGAUCCUCCACUUCACCGGUUAUUUUCAAGUGGAGGUGGCAGGACUUGAACCUGGAACCUUAUGCAUGCAAAACAUGGGCUCUACACCACUGAGCUUUGGCCACACUCCUUCUAGAUUAAAGGACAGAAUGUAGGCAAGGGUUCUGAAAAGCUCCUGAGCUCCAGGAGUUCUGUAAGGGCCUGCCACUUUGCUUUUGCACUAGCCUAUUUUCUGUGAAUAUGGCUAGUAGAGGUAAAAUGUAGCAUCCUUGCUUGGAAAUGGAAGGAGAUGGCAAAAAAAUUAUAAAAGUGUGAUUUUUUAAAAAAUGAAUACUGAUUGUUAUAAUUGCGACUUGCCUAAUUUAUACUUCCUUUCUGCCCUGUAAGGUCACCACCCUGGCAAAGUCAGUUUUCAGGCUGUUACUUUCAACACCUCUGCAUCUCUUGCAGAACUAGACAAGGUGUGGGGUGAGGAGAAGCAGUGCAUAGCAGGACUUGAAGCCUUCAUCUCACUGCUCUAGCUCUGUUGUUUCAGCAGAGGACACAGCCAAUUCAGCAACAAGAUUUGUAACCAGGCAAUGAAGAAAACAGUGUUAUUGGAAAUAAUAAGGCAUUAGAAAAUAGUGAAGGCAGGUGGUGAGUCAGGCAGAGCUGAGGGAGGGGGAGAGCUUUUCUGCAAAUUCCUGGACCCUUUAACAGGAUUUUUGUCCUUGAUGCUAUCCUGGGCACUCACAGAAAAAAGCCAGCUCAACCUUUACAAAAGCCUUGUGAUCAUGCACUGUCCAGCAGGGUCUGUUAGCAUCAUGCUCCCAACAGAAAGAGGCAGUGCCAAGAAUGCCUAGGUAUAGCGUUGUGUAAUGCAGAAACACCUGUAGGCCUACACUCACAGUAAUGGACUCUCUGCUUUAUGAAGGCCACCUUAAGCACAAUAAAUAGUAUUUCUGAUGUA